CCACUAUUGAUUACAAGUACACAGGACAGUUGCAGUAAGGCACUAUUGUGCAAACUCUGUCUGGUAGGUAACAUGAGGGGGUCGUUUUGCGCGCGAAUCCAUGACAAAUUUGCACAUGCCUCAUUCCAGUCAUUUCCAUCCCCUACCUACCUUUCGUAUACCUAGGUUGGUACCUCAACCACCAUCCCAUCCACCACUACCCACCACCCACCUGCUCCUAGAAGCUCACCCCCAAUUCCAAUCUGCACCCAAGCAUCCCCCCAUUGACCAGAACUCGGUCGGCGAUCCUCGCCCUCGCUCUCACCCUCGCCGAAGCAGCAAGGACAGAGCAAAGCCCGCGCGCGCAGUGCUUGCUACCACCUUUUCUUACCUAUUUUCCUCUCCCUUUCCCCCCGUCCCCCCCUCUUCUAACCUGUCCCCUACUGCUACUACAAAGAAAGCCACGAGUCAAACUUGCUCGUCCCGACAGUCUGUUCCUCCCCCCUCCGUCGUUCUCGGUAACCAUACAUUCCAACCAACCCAACGUAGAAAGAAGGUCGAUUCUGUCCCGAUUCCCUACCCGGCCACGAAGGCCCGACGACAGUCUUUUAUACGCUGCCCGCACAUUGAAAAGUCCGUCUCUCUGCCCCCGCCAAGAAGUUAUGGAGCAAAGCCCCGAAGCCCAGCAACAACAUUCGCCAACAGACGGACAACCGGCAAACCGCGGCUCCGACGCACUCCCGAGACCGCGUCCUUUGGCCUGCACUCCAUGCCGCCGCCGCAAGAUCAGAUGCGACCACAAAACGCCAAUCUGCUCCAAUUGCGUGAGGUAUGGCUUGGAAUGCGCCUGGCCCGAAGGCCGUCGCUCUUCAGGACGCCGUCAGAGACCACUCUACGAAGAUGUAGUUUCGAGACUGGCCCAGAUGGAGAAGCUGGUGGAGGAGCUCCAAACCACAAAGCCUGACCAGGGCGCCACGCCUCCACCACCGCAACUACAGCAUGCCAAUUUCCACGACGCCGCCGCAAGCCUCUCGCCCCUGGCCACCACGACGUCGUCCUCGAAUCCUCACUCUCCCUUAUCGAGACGGAAGGCGAGCAGCGCAAGUCCUUCGUCGGCUAACCAUGACUCUUAUCCUUCGCCGCCCUCCGCUACCUCGUCGACCGGCGCGAGGCUGUACUAUACAGGCGCUCCUGAUGACAGCACCGUCUUCGCAGCAGGUGCCUGUUCUCUGCUCUCGCCUCAGGGACUGUCCCAGAUUGAGCUUCUAAUUGGAGACUCUCGAUUCUCCAAUGCUCUCAAUGCUUUGCAGCCAAAGGCCCUGGCCCUGCAUCAUCAGCCGUACCUGGCACACGAGGACCUGAACCACCCUCUGCCUCCUAACCAUGUCAUCAUGGACUGCGUGAACGAGUAUUUUGUGACAAUGAACGCCGGCAUACGUACCUUCCAGGAGCACGAGGUGCGAGCUGCUCUCCGAUCUUACUUCCAAGGGCAGCCUCCCGCCGACCCAGGGUGGCGGAUGGCUGUUAAUGUUAUGAUCGCCCACACACUCCGCAAGAGAAAUCGCAUGCGGAACAAGGAAGAGUACCAAAAAUAUAUUUACAACGCCCUUGGCAUGGUCCCGAACAUUAUUCUGCGUACACCCUCUCCCAUGACGAUAGGGGCACUGUUGUCGACGGUCCUCUACUUCAGCUUCACCUCUGAAAACCACAUCGCCAUGACCCUCAUGGGCCUCACCGUGCAGCUCCUCCUGAUGGCGGGCUACCACCGCCUUGAGCCCGAUCUGGUUCACGCAAACCCGCAGAACAUGGAACCCGUGAAUCACCUACACCGCCGCCGCCUCUUCUGGCAGGCCUACAUCAUCGACCACGACCUUAUGUUACGCAUCGGCAAGCCCCCACUCAUUAGCGACGACUUCCUUCUCGACCUGCCUGAGGAGCACCCGGCCGACGGGUACAGCAUGUACUACUACCCCGGUGAUGUGACACUCAACUUCUUCCUCCAGCAGGUCCGCCUCGCUCAGAUCCAAGGCCGUAUCGCCUCGUCGCUGUAUCACCGCACCGGCGUGUCCCCGGCCGAGCUCGAGGCCGAGAUACGCCGCCUAGACGGCGAACUGCAGGAGUGGCGCGAGAGCAUCCCCCCGAUGAUCCGUGCCGACAAUGUCGACGCUCUGCUGGACGGCGACUAUUACAGGAUGGUAUCCCUGACGACGCUGCAUUUCACAUAUUUCCAACUCGUCGUAGCCAUCCACUCCGCCGCCUUCCGGCUGCCCAUGCUAGAAGAUCAGGAGGGUACCGAGGCCGCGGACAUAGGACCCAGUCUCGCAUUGUGCGUGAGCGCGUCACGUGCCGCCAUCUCGCUCUUGAACUACCAUCAAAUCGAACACCCAUAUACGCCAUAUCUCCUCUACCAAAUCGCCUGGAGCGUAGACAUCCUCUUCGUCAACAUUCUCCAGAACAAGACGAACCCCCGCGCGCGUCGUGACCUUGACCUCAUCCGCACCGUCAUAUCCUUCUUUGAGAAGUACGACCCGGGCCACCAGACUGUCGUCUCGUACCAGAUCAUCAAGGUCAUCGCCGACGUCGCCGCCUCCGUUCUCGCAAACACUCCGACUCUGCCGCCACACAUGCUCCCCGUCUCGCGCGGGCCCUCUGCCGUCGUUCAACAACCCCAAACACCCAUUCAAAAUAUUCCUCUGGACACCCUCUCGCCCACAAUAGGAGGGCCCGGGUCGGCCCGCAGCGGCAGCGUCAACAGCGGCACCGGCGACGUCCUGGGCUCCAUGACGAGCCUCUCCAUGUCUGACACGCAGCAGCAGCAACGGCAAACUCAGCAGCAAGGGUUCAUGGACAUCUCGGCGGGGCUGACGCAGCCCAACGAGAGCCAAUUCUUCACCGGCUUCAUGGAUAUGGCCGCCGACUGGCGACUGCCAAUGGACUACCAACCGGAGCUAUGGCAGUACGACAUGGAUACUCGAUUUUCUGGCUAGAAUUGAGACAUCCCACCACAAUCGGUCCAGAGCUAUAGAGUGAGGCUAAGGAUCGCUGGGGGAGUCACACUGAGACGGUCCACAUCUGUCCAUCCGGCGGUGGAUCGCUGCAUUUAGGAUCCGGCAAGCCGCCGAAAGAAGCCCGCAUCCUUGGCGUUAGCGCCGAUGAUUAGCCGGCCCAUCUGGCGAUGCCUACGGAGGCGGAACUUUCGAGUGCUGCAAUGUCAAGCACACGGCUAAACAUGCCCGAACAUAUCGAAGCCCCAUCGUCAGUAUCAGGAACACUGCACCAAUUCGAGGAACUCGAGGGAAGCAACGAAACCUGAUCGUCCGCCGGAGAAGAGGUUGCUGCAUCGGAAAAGCCGACCGAACUCGGUAAACGAGUUAACGAACCUCGAUGGACGGACCUGAGCGGCCGACACCAUGCGACGGACGCUCGGUAACGAGCGAACAGGGAACCCGGGACAGGUGUAUUUUCUUGCUUUUUUUCUUUUUCUUUUGUGAUUGAGGAUACCCACAAAAGACAGGAGCGCGAGCAAAGUCUAGGUGCCUCAACCAUGUGGGAAGAACAGGCCACUGGAAUUGAUUUUUGACUUUUGAUCAUUGGCUCCGUGAGACAUCUCACCUGCUUUUGCUUCCUUACUCCGAAGACAUGGCGCUCAAGAAAUUACGAAGUGGGAGAAAGGGAAAAGGUGGCGCAGAUCAAGAUUGUUGUCUUGCUGAGUGAAACCUGCCCUGCCUACCGUUGAGAUGAUCAGUGCGAAGUUGGAAGAGCAUCAACGGAACUCUUUCUUUCUUUCUUCUUCUUUUUUGUUCUUAACCUCUUCCUCUGGGCAUGGUUCCGUCCCCGCCUCGCAUGACAAGGCAGUCAACCCGACAAAACGACCCCUGUCGACCAGGAGAAACAAAAUCCGG